UAAUCGAGUUGUAGUCGGUAGCAAAGGGUAUCAUUAUUGAAAGACCAAAUUCCAUCUUUCCUUUUUCAUUUUCCACGCUAAAGACAAAAGAAACUCGGGUUCCUCUUGAGACUUGGAGUGCAAAAGCGGCCAUGGAAUCGCAGCAGCAGCAGAGAGCCGGAAGUCCACAGCCUCGGCCUCAGACACCUGCAUCUCGGCCUCAAGGGGGCGGUAGCGGAGAUUUCACAGCGAUUCUCACAGUCCUCUUCUCCUUCAUAGCCAUCUUCGUCAUGGUAGGGAUUCCAUCAUCAUCAACUCUUAAGAAUAGCUUGUCCGUUGUGCACCAAGUCCCAGAAGGCCAUGUUGGGGUAUACUGGAGAGGAGGUGCCCUUUUAAAGACGAUUACAGAUCCAGGUUUUCAUUUAAAGAUGCCUUUGAUAACCCACUAUGAGCCUGUUCAAGUAACCCUUCAGACGGAUCAGGUGAGGGAUAUUCCUUGUGGUACUAAAGGUGGUGUCAUGAUCAACUUUGAAAAGAUAGAGGUUGUUAACCGGCUUCAUAAGGAUUUUGUUUAUGAAACGCUGCUGAACUAUGGAGUGCAGUAUGACAACACAUGGAUAUAUGACAAGAUUCAUCAUGAGAUCAAUCAGUUCUGUAGUUCUCAUUCUCUUCAGCAAGUCUAUAUAGAUGUGUUUGAUCAAAUUGAUGAAAAGAUGAAAGAUGCUCUCCAGGGUGACUGCACACGCUAUGCUCCAGGUAUUGAAAUUAUCAGUGUGCGCGUUACAAAGCCAACUAUCCCGGACAGUAUUAGACGUAAUUUUCAACAGAUGGAAGAGGAACGCACUAAGGUCUUAAUUGCUAUUGAGAGGCAGAGAGUAGUUGAGAAAGAGGCAGAGACAAAUAAGAAAAUGGCUAUCAGUGAAGCUGAGAAGAAUGCAAACGUUAGCAAGAUUGUUAUGGAACAGAAGUUGACGGAAAAGGAUAGUGCCAGGAGGCAGCAAGAAAUCGAUAAUCAAAUGUACAUGGCUCGGGAAAGGAGUCUGGCAGAUGCAGAUUUCUACCGUGUGAUGAAGGAAGCUGAAGCAAACGAGUUGAAGCUUACUCCGCAAUUUCUGGAGCUUAAAUUCAUCGAGGCCAUAGCUGAUAAUACAAAAAUCUUCUUUGGGGAAAAGGUACCUAAUAUGGUUUUGGAUCAGAGGCUGCUCGGGAACUUCCUGCAACAGGUGUCUAGAAAUGUGUCAAGGGAGAUGUCCAACGAUGAGUAGUCAAAAGGUAAGUUUUGAUUGAUCAGUCCGGUCAACAUGAUUGUAGUA